CGGAAUAUGGCGCGGACAGGAAGGCUAAUGUUUUCCCUCAUAUCCACCGGAAUUAUUGUAGUGUUAUUGCCAGAGUUUCUGGGGGCCGGCCCGGUGAGGCAGAAUGCGAAGAAGGAGGCAUCUGCAGUAUCCAGUGAUGUCCGCAGCAAGAGGAGUCUUACCGUUCCCAUUCCUGUCCUCAAGCGUCUUCCUGACUUCUGGGGAUGGUACAAGUUCUUCAUGGAUGCUGGUAACCAGGAAGGAAUAGAGCACCUGGACAAGAUGUACCUGACCUACCUGCAGAACAAGCACCGUUCCGAGGAGGGUCCCACCUUCACCCAUUACCUCACCCACCUCAGUGCUAUCUACAAAACUUGCGCCGACUCCGACGACCCAGAGUGCAUCGCCGAGUCCACCAGCAAGCCCAAGGCCAAGGUGGUGAUGCCCGUGCCUGUCAAGACCACCACAGUCAAAGUAUGUAACCCUUAUAUCGACCCCUACUGCCCCUUCCCCAUGAUCCCUAAGAUUGCCGCCCCAGCGACAGUCAAGGCCGCCCCAGUGCCUGUCCUGACACCCCUCCCGCCGCACCCUCAGAAGACCCCCACAGGGUUCUACUACUAUGCCCCAGUCCUGGAGCCCUUCCUCACCGCAGAGCAGAAGAUGGAGCUGCUGCGCAUCUGCAACCCCGACGACACCGAGUGUCUGCAGUACCACUUGCGUGCCGCCUAUGGCUAUAGGCCCGCUCCUGGACCCGCCCCGUCCUACGCCGCCCUGGGCUGCGAUCCCACCGAGGACCCCUACUGCCGGCCAAAGCUAGUGAAAAAAGCCCCCUCCAGCUUCUACCACAUGUACCCCACCUGCGACCCGGCCACCGAUCCCCUGUGCAUGGCUAGCAUGGCGGCCCCAUCUCCCGUUGCCAAGGAAGCCCCCAAGGAGCAGCAAUGCAACCCCCUCUUCGACAAGGGCUGCAACCCCCUCACUGCCACCAAGUUUGCCGGCCUCGCCAAGCCCGUCCUGGAGAACACACCCAAAGACAAGCCGGCGCCCAGCCCUCUGGCGUGUGACCCGCGCUAUGACCCAUUCUGCCUGCUAGGUGCCGCCGCUGCCCUCCGUAAAACUCCCCCCAUGCUGCCCCAGUACCGGAUCCACUCCCGCCUGGGCAUCCUUGGGAAGACCAAGGAGGGCCAUGACUGCUACGUGCACUACGAUAAGGGCUGCACACCCUUGGAGGCCAGUGAUGAACCCAACGCCCCCGUCGCACCCCAAUGCCACCCCUAUGACUUUACCUGCAAUGGAAUGUCUGCCCCUUCUCGCCUCACCGCUGAGGCCGACAAGCCCAAGAGUGGCGUGAUCCUGCCCGAUCCUGACUGUGACCCCGAGUACGACUACAGCUGCCGCCUGCGUCGUGCUGAGGAUGCCUCCGCCGCAGCGGAACCAGCGGCCAAGGAGCCCAAGGAUGAGCCAGUGCAGCAGGAUGCUGCCCCCGAGUAUGCCGUCCCACAGUUUGAAGACUUCCUCAGAAACUACAUGGCCAUGGAUCAAUACAGGAAGAAGUAAACACAAACACAAAUCUCAACUAGAU